CAUUUCUGGUCAUUCAAAUCAAACAUAUUACUCAAUUACAUUUUUUAAACCCAUCAAAACAUAUUUCUAAUAAUUGAUUGUCUUUUUUGAGAUUUUCAUAGUAAUUAAUAUGGCAAAGAAUGUUGCACAAUCACCAUUGGAAAGGUCUAGCUUGCUCCCAUUUGAUCAAAGGCUAACUAUGGCUAAGCGUUGUGCUCAUGAGGCUAUUCUUGCUGGAUCCAAGGCUGCUAUUGUUUCUGGGUUUGCUGCUGCCAUCCCUACUAUCGCAAGUGCUAGGAUGCUUCCAUGGGCAAAGGCUAAUCUUAAUCAUACUGCCCAAGCUCUCAUAAUUUCUACUGUGGCUGGAGCAGCCUAUUUUAUAGUAGCAGACAAGACUGUGUUGAAGUCUGCACGCCGAAACUCCUUCAAUAAUGCAAGAAACUCGAAUAUUUGAGCAUAAAAUGUGAAGGAUUUUGUGAUGGCUUUCUAAUUUGAGGGCAGAUUAUUGUAAAAUCAUCAUAUUUAAUGGAAACUUAAUUAGAAUAUCAUCAAAAUCAAAAGGUUUGUAUAAUGAUGAUGUUGCUAUGGAUCAAGUAAUAAUAAUUAUGAUUGUACUUACUCCUUUAUUUUUAUUUGUUUCUCACAUUCACAU